AUGACUUCCGAAAACGAAAAACCGGAUGGCCACUCUUCUACCAGCAAUCUCGAGAAAUCAGACGCGGAAGAGCAAAACGAUCUCCCCAAGGAUAUUGAGAGAGGCGUCGAUCGAGAUAAUCAAAACGAGAGUGGAAGCGAAGAGACCCGAGAUCCGAAUCUGGUGGAGUGGGACCCGAACGACCCGGAGAAUCCCUUGAACUGGCCUUCGUUCAAGAGGACUGGCCAUGUAGUUCUUGCAAGCGUUGCUGCGCUCUUUGCGAAUAUCACGUCUACUGCAUUCGCACCUGCGGCUGCACAGGUUGUUGAAGAGUUCAACAUUACGGACUCAACCGUCACCGCCUUGACGGUGAGCAUAUAUCUCCUCGGAUUCGCAGUUGGGCCACUGAUCAUUGCACCUCUCUCCGAACACUAUGGCCGCCUUCCUAUCUAUAUAAUUAGCAUGAUUACGUCCGUCGGCUUUCUGGUCGGCUGCUCGCAAGCUACAAGUCUGGGGGUAUUUCUCGCAUGUCGAUUCAUCACUGGCGUUGCUGGAUCAGGCCCAAACACAGUGGGUGGCGGCACCAUUGCCGACGUCACGCCCCCAGAGACAAGAGGCCGCGCCAUGGGCGGAUUCGCCGUCGGGCCGCUUUUGGGCCCCGUGAUUGGCCCCAUGACGGCGGGGUUCAUCGCUCAAUACGUAGGCUGGCGUUGGGUGUUCAGGGUCCUCUACAUUGCGACUGGCGUCGUCACAGUAUUGAUCAUCUCUAUGAUGCGGGAGACCUUCGGACCGCUGCUACUCGCACGCAAGGCAGCACGGCUUCGGAAAGAGACAGCGUCUUCAAAGGACAGUACCGUUUCGGACCUGGAGUUUCAGGGCUAUCGUAUCUGGGCUUAG